AAACACUGAAGUUUUUUUACCUUAUUAUUACAUACAAGGUUUCAUCUAUUAUCUGAUUUAGAUUUAUUAUUUCAUAUGAUGCUCUUAUCUAGCAGCUUAUCUAAAAUUCAAUAAGAAACCAAGAUAAAUAAUAGUAUUUCAUUUAACUGUUAGUAAAGAUUAUAGUUCUAUAAUUUUGUUGGAGGUAUUCAAAGUAUUAUUUAUGUGAACUUUAAUUAAACUAUUGAACUUCUUAUUUAAUUUACUGUUUUGUUAGAAUAAAUUUUGCAUAUAGUGCAAGAAUAUGGAUACAUUUCCUACGCAAAGGUACGAACCAAAGAUUGAAAGUUUUGAUACAUGCAUGAUUGAUGCUACAAAUCAACAGCGAGAGAUAUCUCAAGCAGUAAGCAGACAAGUAUCCUCUCAAGCAAUUGAAGUUGAAAAUCAAGAAAAUCAUGAGACUUCAAAUUUACAUCAACAUCAACAACAACAACAACAACAACAACAACAACAACAGCAGCAGCAGCAACAAAAUCAACAGGAUCAGCCUAAUGAAAUGUCACAGAUACAAUCAAAUACUCAACAAAGUAUGACUCUAACUCCAAUUCGAUUACCAGCCAUUCUUGAUGGAGAAUUCUUUACAGUAAUUAGAGUAGAAGAUACUAAUGUAACAGUCCGCUGUUUACAGUGCCAAAAGCACUUAAAUGGAAAUUUAAAAUCUACAGGAAACUUUUUAAGUCAUAUUAAAAGAGUACAUCCUUUUAUGGUUGAGAAAAUUAAGUGUAAGUCAAAUCAAAGAAAACCUGCCAUGGUGUACAUUGAUUUAUCAGCUGCUAAAUAUCCAAAAAUAGUAAGAACAAAAAGAGGAUAUAGGAAAUGUUAUAAGACAGAUGAAUGUCAACUAGGAAAUGAAGAAACUUUUGAUCAGUCUAAUGAAUGGACUGAAUCUCCAUUAAAUCAUAAACAUAAGUCAGACAUUGAAUCUCCUGAUCUCUUGAAAAUAUCACAUAAUAAUUCAUUUGUAGUGGAAGAUGAAUUUGAUGCAAUUGGACGAAAUGUUGCUGCAAAACUUAGAAAUAUGAGAUUAGACCAAAGAAUUAUAGCUGAAAAGUUAUUAAAUGAUAUCUUGUUUGAAGCACAAUUAGGAAAUCUUCAUAGAGAUUCUAAUAUACAUGUGUGAGAAUUACAUUCUCUUAACUAAAGAAGACAUAUGUGUGUAAGUAAGCAAUGUGAAUAUAACUGAAUAGGUGUAUGAUAAGGCUCAUGUUAUUUACCAAAUCAAAUUUAUUAAUACAUCUCUAUUAAUGUUAUUAUAUCACUUUAAUCAUAGUGAUUUUAAAGUGUUUUUAAAAUUAAGAAGUCAGAUAUAAAUAAUGUGAUAUAUUUUACAUAU